AUGGUGCCCCAGGGCAGCGAUGGCUGCAAGGGACGAGUGCUGUUUUUGGUUACCUGGUAUGGGAACGCCUCGUCUUCCUCUCUGGAAGGCAUCACUCUGAGAUGCACUGCCUUCAAGUACCACUUUUCUCAGCUGGUAUGCUUGCGCAAUGUCCCCUUCAACCUGACAAAGAUGAUCCACCAGGAUGAAUGGCAUCUACUCCACUUGGGAAGGAUCACGGCCAGAGUCCUGGGCAUGGCUGCAGCUCUUCUUUUCUGCGGGUGCAUCGUGGCAGCAGUCAGCUUCUUCUGGGAAGAAAGCCUCACCCAGCACGUUGCAGGUCUGCUGUUCCUGACAACAAGAAUAUUUUGCACUAUAUCUCUGUGUACCUAUGCAGCCAGCAUAUCAUAUGUAAACCACCUCCCUACAUUCAUCUAUAACCUUCCCAAUGAUGUAGAAUAUGGAUAUAGGUAGCUUGUAUUUUGUGCUUGUAGUCUGGGAUUUACAGUAGCAGCCGGGUAUCUUUGCACAGCUUUCCCGUUUGUUAGCAGAGGCAACAUUAUGCAGCUAAAGUCCACCAGAGACUCCUCCAUAUGA